UUGACCCAACACAAUUUCGACCUCCAACAAAGGUUGGAUAAGAGCGGUCGCCAACAUGCUGACGACCUCAAAGAGAAGGAGAAAGAGCUGAUUGUGGAGGUCUACCACCACGAAGAGAAAGUGAAGGUUUCCAAUACUGCCGAUAUGCACCAAAGUCAACAAUACUUCCUCACCUCUCAACUAGGAGAUGAGGUCCAUAAGCAGAUCGAGUUUCCCAGCUUCUCAAGGGUUAUCGACCGCAAGGUUAUUGAGGAUCAACUCCACGAACGUGAGCCUAGGUUCCCUUCGACCACGUGUGAUGAAAUCAAACUCUCGAGUGAUGUCUUCCUCAUUGAAAUCUCGAGAGAAGACUUGCCAUGCCCACUGCUCAAGUUGCAACUCCUCCUCCUAAAGUUCCACUAG